UCGACAUGGAUGUUUCGAACGCGUGUGUAUGUGUGUUGCAACAAUCGAAGGCCCAAAGCCGGGCCUCCAAGUCUGUCGCGUUGGCGAGGCUUACAGCCUUCGUCCUCUUGCUGUGUGUGUGUUCUACUUCGACUGUUCAAAAUCUAUGCGUCCUUUGAAUUUCCUCGGAAUAAUUUGUCGCUGCUGCAUUUUAUUUCUUUGUGGAUUAUGGAUGUUAUUGUACCUUGCAAACCAAAUAAAAGUAUAGAAAAUUCCAAUCAAACUGUUAGCCACCCAGCACUUUCAACUCAGGGAUAUAAUCAUCAAUUACAACCUGCUAUGUGGAGUGGAAGCAAAGUGUGCCAGAAUAAUGCUGGGCAGAGCACAAACAUGGAUCCCUACACACAGCAAAUGAAUCAUUAUUACCAAAGUCCUUAUUCAUCCCAAAAUGCUAAUGACAUAACCAGAUAUGUAUCACCUGUCUCAAAAGAUCAGAACUCAAAUGCUGUUGCAUAUUCUCCUCAAUACCCUGUAGUAAGGCAAAAUAAUUAUUCUUGUACGAACACAGCUCAAAAUUAUGCAUCAGUGAAGAGUAAUUGUAGCAAUAUGUACUAUGGUAAUGUUAAUGUAACAAAAAACUAUCAGCCAAGCAACAUGGUGCAAUCACCAAAGAAGUAUGCAAAUUCAAGCCUUAAUGUGUCUCAAGCUCCAUCUAGUGUGCAGCAUAAUUCCCAGAUUUCUCAUAGUAUAAAAAGUCCACUACCACCUAUGCCUCAUUAUAGAGAGCAAAGUAAUUACCAUUUACAAAAUGCAUAUGUUAAUAACUGUAAUCCUCACUCAGUUGCAGAGAAUCAACAAACAUAUUUAGUCAGACAAACAUUACCUUCACCCUCAUUGUUACAAUCUCAAGAUAAUGCAUCUGUGCAAUCCGUUUCAAUUGCACAAGGCAGCCAGGUCUCACAAGUAUCAUCUAUACCUACACCUCCUGAAACUUCUUUGCCUGGUGAUGUGAUUUCUGUUCUUGAUAAUGCUUCUCCUGAUGGUUCUGCUGAAAGUAUAAAAAUGAAUGUGUCAAGCUCUUCAUUUGUUCUCCCUGGAUCUACUGUUAGCCACAUGUCCAGUAACAUGUCAUCCCCCGUGUCAUCCAUAGGAAAUAACAUGACUAUGUCCAAUCGUAAUACUGGAUCCUCUCUCCAACCCCCUGCCAACUUAGAUGAAGGCAGCCAAGCUUCCAGUGCAUCUGCAUCCUCAUCUAUUCCUGAUGAUCAAAAUUCUGUGAAGGCAAAUUCUAAACCAAAUUUUUCAUAUCCUCCUACACCUAAUACUUUAUCCUCUCCUGGUGCUGCUUCCAUGUCAUCAUUUCAUGAUGACUUAGAGUGUAUUUCUAGUCCUGGCUGGCCCAAAACUCCUGCUAGUCCUGUUGCUACCAGUAAUUAUGAAUUUGCUAAUAUCAAGCGCCCUGAAAAUUUACUGAAAUUAUAUACCUUAUCCGAUGAGCCUGACAGGCGCUAUUUUCUUGAUAAGUUAAUUGUAUUUAAUGAGGACAGAGGAAGCCCUAUAACACAGUGCCCAACAAUUAGCAAACAGCCACUUGAUGUUUAUAGAGUAUAUCUUACAGUUAAAGAACGGGGUGGAUUUGUAGAGGUCACUAACGCAAAAAGGUGGAAGGAUAUUGCUGGUGCUAUAGGUGUUGGAGCAUCAUCAAGUGCUGCCUAUACAUUGCGUAAGCAAUAUAUGAAAUUGUUGCUACCAUUUGAAUGUAAGUUUGACCGAGGGGGGAUAGAUCCUCAGCCCAUCAUUAAUAUGGUCGAAGCAUCAUCAAGAAAAAAAGGCAAAGCCCCUCCCACUUCUGCAUAUGGAAAUCAGAAUAUGUAUGGACAAGGUUAUAGUCAAGUCAUGGAUAGAUAUUCUGGUUAUCCUGGAUCAUAUCCUCAAAGAUAUCCUUGUAACAGCAAUGUUGACUAUCAAUGUGCUCCGAAUACAAUGCAUUAUCCACAAACUGUGCAACAUACUUCACCUCAUAAUACUGUUUCUGGUCAAAAUCAGUACAAUCAGUAUUCACAUACUUCACAGGCCAACUACGGGUACUACCAAGGGAGUAAUGCUUCAAAUGCUCCUGUGUAUAAUAACAUGCAAAACAGCAUUAACAGUGAUAUUUGUAGAUAUGGAAGCAAUGCCACCUCAUUUUCAGUGCCUCAAGAGCAAACAUAUUACCCUCACCAUUAUUCAACGCAACAAGGGCAAAACGUGCCUGAUAAUAUUUAUGGUUCCAAUAGAAGUUGCUCUGUACAAGAAAAUCAUUUACCCCCUUCUUCCAGUCAAGCCUCUGCUGAUCAUGAACAGCAUAAAUCUUAUCCCAAAGUUAAUGCAUUAAAUGCAUCAUCCCUUUCUUCAGAUAAUGUUCAGCAUCAAAAAUCUGCCAUUGAUGCAUAUGGAACUCACAAUAGCUCAGCAAACAGUGCAAAUGCUGAUCCUGUUAGUGACAAUAAAAUGUGUUUUAGUAACAAUUUUAAUACUGUCAACAAGAUGGUUUCAUCUGAACAAAGUACAGGUGUCACUCCAAGUUGCGCUUCAACACCUUCACAGUCUUAUCAGCAGCCUGCUGAGAAUACUAUCAGUAAAGCACCUGAUGUAGAAUACUGUUCUACUUUGGUAUCUUCUCAUGUACCAUCAAAUUCAUACUCAAAUCAAGGCCCAGGUGCUUAUGCUAGCCAUAAUUCCAGCCCAUAUACAAAUCAGAAGAUGCAUUAUCAAAGUGAAUACCAAUGUAAAGAUCAAGUGCAAUCAAGUCAAUAUGUCCAAUACAAUGAAGCACAAAAUGAAACUUAUCGAGGCUCUGAAGGCCCUCCUAAUUUUCAGAUGGAUAGAGCAAGGACCACUAUGGAAGGAUCUGUUAGCCCUUCUAAAGGUUACCAGUAUAGCUGCAAUCCUCCCAAAGCAAAUGCAUAUCCUUAUGCUGCACAACAAAGAAACAAAGACAUGUUCAAUAAUCCUUCUUUCUGCAAUCAGUUUACCAGUGGAACUCCAAGACCAUGGCAUCCUGAACAAAAUCAGUUCCCUCAUUCAACUGGAGCUAGACCACAACUUAAAAGUCAAUUAAAUAUUGAUCCGAAACCUAACUUAGAAGGGCCAAGGAUGAGAAAAUCUUGGUUAAAUCAGCGUGACACAAGUCAAGGGCAAAAUAAGCAGCCAAAUGCACAGUCCACAUCUAUGCAGCAACAAAGUUUUCCAAGCAAACCACAGGUCCAAUCGAAUGCAGUAACUGUUUCCCAAGCGUUUCAAUCCAUGGUUAAAAAACCCAUUGAAUUUCCUCCCAACUGUAUUGAAUCCAUAAAACCAGUGGCUGUGAAACGAAGACGUUGUCCUGCAAAACGAAUUGGAGCUGUUGAUCCAUGGAGAGUAAUGUUAGCAUUGAAAUCUGGCUUACUUGUUGAAUCAACAUGGGCACUAGAUGCACUUUCAAUCUUGCUUGCCGAUAACAGUACUGUAGUAUACUUUGGUCUUAGUCAUUUACCUGGACUACUGAAUGUUCUUGUUGAUCAUUAUCGCUGUUUUUUGAACAAUAUAUUUGAUCUUGCCCCUGACAUGGAAAUUGGAAAUAAAGAGCAAAUAAACAAGAAAAAUGAAUGUGAAGAUGCACAGUUUUCAACUGAAGCUUGCAAUUUGGAAGAAAAAAUGAGAAUAUUGGACACUCCAAAUUUUACUUAUAAAACUCGUUGUCAUAAAAAAGUGCAAAUACAGUAUGAUGAAGCACUUUUUCUGAUUGAUCCUUCAAGAUCGUGGGAAAAGUAUGAAGGAUUCGAUGUAUUACAGGAGCAUUGGCAAAAAGGUGGUAGCGAUAUAACUGCACAUAUCCAGACAUUUUUUGAUAGUUGUUCUAAAAAAGUUAAGUUUUUUAGAGAACUUGAUAAUGACAAAACUAAACAAAAAAAUGGAAAAUCUCCUCUUAAAGCAAAAGCAUCUGUGUCAAAAGAAAAUCCUAAUGUAUUGAAGUCUUCACUCCUGUAUAAAGGUGAACCUGUAGUAGUAUUGAAGAAGUUUAAUUUCCUUGCCAAUAAAAUUUCUGAAUUUUCAGAUCUAGAAUCUGAUGCAGAUAUGGAAGAUGAUGUUUCUGUUAACAGUUUAAAUUCCAAUAUUACCAGAAAGACAAGUGAAAAUAGCUCAGUUAAAAUGGAGGAUACUGAUAAAAAUUCGUUGGAUUUUUCUGAAUGCAUCAACAAAAAUGAUGAAAAUUUUAAAUCUGAAUUUUCAACUUCUGACAAUAGUAUGCAGGAUGAUAGUUGUGAUAAUGAUGAAAUAAAAACAAAAAGUUUGAAAACAGAAGUUUUUACCGCUAAAGAAGAGUCAAUGCAAUCGGACAAAUCCUGUGAAAAAGAAGUCACGGGGAAUGUUCCACAAUUGCGAGGAUCUCUCUCUUCACGUAAACGCUUCCUUUGUGAAGAACUGGAGGAUGAAGCUUAUUGCUUUGAUCAACCAGCUUUGUGUAUUAUGAAUGAUUCUCAAGACAUGUUAUCUCGUCGUUGUGUUUGUGUUUCACAGAUUUUGAGGAAUCUCUCAUUUGUGCCAGGUAACGAUAUAAUAAUAAGUAAAAAUGCAGGUGUCCUGUUACUUAUGGGGCGACUGCUCCUUUUACAUCAUGAACAUAAGCCAACAAAAAACGCAUAUCGAAAAUAUGAGAAGGAGGCUGAUGGAAUUCUUUCUCGAAGUGAUGAUUCAUGUAUUAGCUUGAAAGAUGAGCAAGAAUGGUGGUGGAGUACACUUAAUGUUUUACGAGAAAAUACCUUGGUAUUACUUUCCAACAUAUCUGGUCAACUUGAUUUGGCACCAUUCCCAGAGGAGGUGAGCCUCCCUAUAUUGGAUGGUCUGUUACAUUGGAUUGUUUGCCCAUCUUCUUAUGCUCAAGAUCCUUUGCCAUCUCGUUGUUCACCUACCUCCGUCCUGUCGCCUCAAAGGCUGAGUCUGGAAGCUCUUUGUAAACUUUCAGUGCUUUCGAGCAAUGUUGACCUAAUCAUUGCUACUCCGCCAUGGUCUCGAAUUGAAAAUUUAUUUGCCUUUCUUACAAAAAGCUUAAGUAUUGGACAAGACCAAUUAGUCCGAGAGCUUUCAGUUGUAUUGCUUUCAAAUCUUUCACAAGCAGACUGUGUAGCAGCUAGGACAAUUGCUGAGCAAAACAGUUGUAUAUCCUAUCUCAUUGCUUUCAUAGAAGAAGCUGAAGCUAACGCUUUUCAAAUAGCUAGUUCUCAGGGUACAAAGAAAUUACGAGAUAAGCCUGAACUUAUGGGUACUACACCAGGAAUGGUGCAAAGAGCAGCCAAUACACUUAAAAAUCUGGCUUUAGUUCCUGAGAAUCAAGUUUUGUUCAUGAAACAUCAACCUCGGCUUCUUUCUCUUGUUAUGUCUCAAGUUAUGGACCAGGAAUUGGCAGCUAUUAUUGCAGAUGUAUUAUUUUACUGUUCAGAGGAAUCAACAGGAGAUGUUUCACAUCUAUUUCCUCUUUCUUAGCAAUUGCAAAACAGAGUACUAACAUUCAGAUGGAUUGUCAUUAGCAAACUGUAUUAAUCAUUGCUCACACAAAACACAAAUGGCAGAUAAAUAUCACAGUGGUGCUACUUAAGCAGGUGGUAUUUACAUCUGCAUUAUAUAGAUAAUGUUAACAAGUGUGUUGUUUGCUACUUUGGGACUUCACUUUCCAUUUAAUGAAUUAUGCUUUCUACGGUUUGGAUUUUAAUUGCAAUUGUUAUGUUAAUAUAAAUAAUCCAUAAAUUUUUUUAAAAGUCAUUUAGUAUAUUUGCUUAUUCCCCCCCCCCUAUAAAAUAAAAUUGCCUAGGCAUUUCAAUCAUAUUUUAAAUAUUUAUGAUUGCACAUAUUAGAACAAUUGCAGUAUUCAUUGUACAAAUGCUUUUAAAGUUAAAAAUCUAAUUUAUUUUCUACCAUAAUAUAUUUCCUUGCAUUAUGAUAUUUCUGAGUAAAAUAAUAAGUGAAGGCUCACUGUUGUAUAAUCUGUAUUUAAAAGAAAAUGGACAAAGGUGAGAAUCAGUUAUGAAAGAAAUCCAGCCGGUUGAUAUUUUGGAUUUUUCAUGAAUCCAUCUGUUAUGUAUUCUGUCCAUUUUUGUUUCUAAUUGAGGCCCAAGGCCUUUUUAAAGCAAUGUUUUAUUUUAAACAUUUUAUGAUGAGAUGGCAAGACAUUUAAAACUAUUGUACUUGUUUCAUGUUUAUGAAAAUUGUUAAACACAUUAUUGUUUGAUGUUUUAAAUUGCUAUAAUGUUCCUACCCUAUUUAAAUGUGAAGUAUCUUUUAAAUGUUUCACACCAAGAUUUCAUGAUUUAUAUGAAUAUUGCAUGUACUUGUGCAAUUGUUUUUAUCAAGGACAUAGAGACUCAAUUGCAAUUGUAUCCAAAAUGAUUUUAAAAGCUUAUGUUAAACAAAUUAUGAAUUAUAGUUUUAUCAGAAUUGUAAUUUUUAUUCUAUUUUUGUUUUUCGUGUUCUAUCCAUAAAAUUCUCGUUAUUGUAAUAGCAAUAUAUUGUUCUUGUUGGACAAUUGUUUUGAAAGUACAUAUUUUAUUCUUGGAGCUGUAUACUGUCCUCCUUAAAUAAUAAAAAAUACUUAUGAAAUUUAUUUAUUUAUAUAGUAAAAUACUGGUUUGAUGAUUAAAUUUAUGUGCAUCAUUAUCUGUUAUUUCCAUGAAAUAAAGAUUUUCAUGUGAAAAUUGAAGUCUAUAUUGUUAGGUUCUUUAGUCCUAAUCAUUUCAUUGAAUCUUACUUGUCUUUCCAUCUCCACUACUGUUAUGUGUAAAUACAUGUGUUCAUCAAAAGAUGUAACACUUUAAUGAAGGUCAAAACCUUCAUUUGUGCAACUGACUAGUGCAAAUUACUUUUUGUAAGUGAUAAAUAUUCAACUGCAGGGGAUCUUUUUAGCAUAUGAAAUUGACAACACUUUGUAAUUUAUGUAAAGAGUUAUUUUGUGUAAAUAGUAGAGGUUUUAAACUGCUGUCUAUGAGAGAGUGGUUUUAUUAAUCUUAUCUGGAAAGAUUAAAAAUUUUAUUCUGUGAAAGAGUGGUAUU